GUCCGAACGCGUUCCAGUCAUCGAGUUGCAAGAAAACGCUUUGGUCGACACUGGAAGGCGUCGCGUGCGUAGACCCCGAACGCGUACGUACAUAUGUGCGCCAGACAUCGGUCUGGGACGAGGUCACAUGGACUAUAUAGUAUGCAUGAUCCGCUGACCCCGUUGCCGACUGCGCGCCGGCGCCAGCGAGCUCGGUUGGCUGCGCGCCAUGAUAUCGUCCUUUCGGACCUAUUCGCAAUGCUUCGUUCCGAGAUCCGUUUCGCUUCGCACUGCCCACGACCGCCUCAAGUACUCUGCUACAAGCAGAGUAAGCUCUGCCUAACAUGGGAUCCGCUCUCUCAUCACGGUUGCCGCAUCGUUAGACCUCGGCCGGCCAUGCAAUAAGUAUCCAAGAUCGCAGUCAUAACGGUGAAGAAGCAUGAUAGGAACCCGCACGCAGGGGCAGACUGUAUGGAUGCCUUACGCCAUGGGUAAACGACUUCUCCCGAGAUGACGAAGGGUUUUACGAUCAUUCGUCAUGCACAGA